GUAUAGGCUCCUUUAUUUCUAAGAUCAGCAAAGAUUUGAACCAGCAGCCUCCUAGCCUUUAAACUGGCAACCUUUGUUGAUGCACGACUGAAGGCUGCAGUGUGGACAGCUUUGGCAGUCUGCGCAGUGAAGCUUCUAUGUGCUGGCUUUCCUAAGAUUAGUCCUUUUUAAACUGCAUCACUGUGCUGAAAGGAAGCAGAAAGAAAAACCUGUGGAGUAUAAAGAGCUUCUGGCAAAAAAAGUGUCUCCAUCUAAAAAAAGAAAAAGUGCUAAUGUAGGAACUCUUUAUGUAUCCUUGAUCUGCUUGCUGCAUAUUUUGACUGUUAUUUCAUCCUUCAUAUAUUGUCCAAUCCUAUGCAAGUUUGUUUGAGCCUUAAAAUAUGAAUUACGUGGGACAUCUUGCAGGACUUCUGGUUACUGUGAAGGAACUUUACAAAGGCAUUAAUCAGGCUACACUUUCAGGAUGCAUUGAUGUCAUUGUAGUUCGGCAACAAGAUGGUACAUACCUGUGCUCACCAUUCCAUGUCCGAUUUGGAAAACUUGGUGUCCUGCGUUCCAAGGAGAAAGUGAUUGACAUUGAAAUCAAUGGGGAAGCAGUUGAUCUUCAUAUGAAACUGGGUGAUAAUGGAGAAGCUUUUUUUGUACAGGAAACAGAAGAAACAUUUGAAAAACUUCCUGCACAUCUGGCAACAUCUCCCAUACCUACAGAAGAUCAAUUCUUCAAAGAUACUGAUGAAGAUUUGCUAAAGCUGGGUGAAAAUGAAAGGAUGUGUCAAAGCUCAGAAAUUUCACAAAUUGUGGAAGCAGAGCCUGUUUUUUCCUGUGGGUCAGUAAAGAAGAAAAAGCGUAGAAAAAGAAAAUGUAAACAAGAUGCCAAAAAGGAAGAUCAAAUUUCUUAUCCUGGAACUGAAGAAGUAUUUGAAAUGGAAAUAAGCUCAGAUGAUGAGAGAAGCAUUCAGCCUAUGAGAAGCUCCUCAGAUUCACCACUGAAGGAUGAAGAUUAUAAAGAAUCACUGAUUUACCACUCAAAGGACCAUUACCCUCUAUCAGAUGGAGACUGGUCUCCUUUAGAGAACCCAUUUAGCCAGCCAUCCUGUCCUAAAAGUGAUUCAGAACUGGAAGUUAAGCCUACAGAGAGCUUACUUAGAGCAGAGUCUCACAUGGAAUGGACGUGGGGAGGCUUUCCAGAAUCUACCAAGAUAAACAAGAAGGAAAAGUUGGAGCAUCCUAGAACAGCUACCAUCACUCCAUCAGAGAAAACUCAUUUUAGGGUCAUAUCCAGCACCGAUGCAGUUGAAGAUGAUAUCUCAGUGAAUGAUUCUGUCUGUACAGUACUGAAACCUCAACCAAGAACUCAUCCUCUACUUAAGGAACUUGAUAUUAAAGAGAGACUUUCUUCUGAAGCAACAGAACCUGUCUUGGAAAUUCUUCAAAGUUUAUCUGCAUAUGAUUCUGAUACUCUCCCCAGUCCAUUGCUGGAUUCUCCAUCAGAAAUUAAACCACCAGCAAAACUUGAUUCUCCAUCAAAGAAAAAGGGGAUACAUAAGAGAAGUCAGCACCAAGGGCCUGAUGACAUAUAUUUGGAUGACCUGAAUGCUUUGGAGCCUGAGGUUGCUGCUCUUUAUUUUCCUAAAAGUGACUCUGACCCAGGUACGAGACAGUGGGUGGAAUCAGAUACCCUCUCUGGUUCCCAGUCACCACAAUCAGUGGGAAGUGCAGCUGCAGACAGUGGUACAGAGUGUAUGUCUGAUUCUGCAAUGGACUUGCCUGAUGUUACAUUAUCUCUUUGCGGAGGUCUUACUGAAAAUGGAGAGAUAUCUAAAGAAAAAUUUAUGGAGCAUAUCAUUACUUACCAUGAAUUUUCUGAAAACCCAGGACUAAUUGACAAUCCUAAUCUGGUAAUAAGGAUAUACAACAGGUAUUAUAAUUGGGCAUUGGCUGCUCCCAUGAUUCUUAGCUUGCAAGUAUUCCAGAAGAGCUUGCCACAGGCUACAGUUGAAUCUUGGAUUAAAGAUAAGAUGCCAAAGAAGUCUGGAAGAUGGUGGUUUUGGCGUAAGAAGGACAGCUUGAUUAAGCAGCUUCCAGAGACAAAGGAGGGGAAAUUGGAGGCUCCCAAAAAUGACUUAUCAACAACUGCAAAGGGUCAAGUUGAAAGCCGGUGUACAGAUGAUGAUUCUUCUAGUGAUGAUGAAGGAUCACAGGAACUGAAAGAAUCCUUAAAAAUAGAUUCUGCUUCGCUUGACCACCCAAGCCAUGGUGCUACCUCUUAUAAAAAGUCACUUAGGUUGUCUUCAGAUCAAAUUGAAAAACUGAAGCUUAGAGAUGGCCCAAAUGAUGUUGUGUUCAGCAUUACAACCCAGUAUCAAGGAACUUGCCGUUGUGCCGGGACUAUAUAUCUGUGGAACUGGAAUGACAAAAUAAUAAUUUCUGAUAUUGAUGGGACAAUAACUAAGUCUGAUGCUUUAGGACAGAUUUUACCACAACUUGGCAAAGACUGGACACAUCAGGGCAUUGCAAAGCUUUAUCAUUCUAUUAAUGAGAAUGGCUACAAGUUUCUUUAUUGUUCCGCUCGUGCCAUUGGAAUGGCAGAUAUGACAAGAGGGUACUUACACUGGGUCAAUGACAAGGGAACAAUCCUGCCCAGGGGUCCAUUGAUGUUGUCUCCCAGCAGUUUGUUUUCUGCUUUCCAUAGGGAAGUGAUUGAAAAAAAGCCAGAGAAAUUCAAAAUUGAGUGUUUAAAUGAUAUCAAGAACUUGUUUUCACCAAGUGAACAGCCUUUCUAUGCUGCUUUUGGGAACAGAACGAAUGAUGUGUGUGCCUAUAUGAAAGUUGGAGUUCCUGAUUGUAGAAUAUUCACAGUCAACCCAAAGGGUGAACUAAUCCAGGAACAGACAAAGGGAAACAAAUCUUCAUAUUACAGACUGAGUGAACUUGUGGAACAUGUGUUUCCACUUCUUAAUAAAGAACAGAGUUCUGCUUUUGUGUGCCCAGAAUUCAGCUCCUUCUGCUAUUGGAGAGAACUACUUCCUGAGGUGAACAUAGAAGACUUAGCUUGAAGUUGAACAGCAUUCUUCACACACAACCUCUUUCGAGAGAGGCCACUCUAUCCUUUACGUACCAUGUGUCUUAUUAAAUACAGGAAGCGCCAUGGGUGUGGCACAAGCCAAUGAAAUGCAAGGCUGAUCUCCCUUUGUUCUUUAGACAUCCUUACUCAUUGAUUUAAGGGACUGGAAAAAUAACUAUCAUUUGAAAUAGCAGACCAUAAGGAAGAUAGAGGACAAAAAAGAUGGAAACCUAGUGGAAGUGUUGCAUUUUUUAUAUACAAGCCACAGUGGAUGCGUGUGAUGUUAUGUAUAGUAAACUUCUUAAUAUAUCAUCUAAAGGAAGCAGAAAAAGUAUGUAGAACAGAUAGUAGAGGAUAUAUUAGGCCCAUUGUAGGAAUUAGAUCUAGUACUUAAACCAGCAUUUAAGCUGUUUUUGAUAGAACAUAUGAGAUGCUCAUUAUUCAGUUCUCCAGACAUGUCUUAAGAGUUUAUCAGGUUGUUAAUGUGUAAUGGGCACUCCUCAGUUUUUCUACAUCUAGAAAGAAGUGGAUAUUUUUAUUAGCACCCACUCAUGGUUGUUCUGCCACUUGCAUUUUUAAACACUGUACAGUGAUUGGACUGUCUGAGCUGCAUUUUCUUUGUUGCAGCAUUUUUGCUUCCUAAGCUGCUAUGUGAAAUUGGAAAUCUACACCAUGGUAAGAAGAUUGUUGCUGCCACAGCUGUACUGUGUGCAGUGUAUAGGUCAGUAGGCAACAUAUACAGCAAAUAUUCAGGGAAAAACUUUUGUUUUUUUAACAGAGAGAUGAUGUAUAUAGUCAAUCUUCAAAACUGGAACUACUUUUAUGCCUUUCCAGAACUCUGUAUCAGGGUUUUUCAGUUUGACAAAAGUGGUAUAGGACAAUAGGAUCCAAGUGAGAAAUACUAGGUGUCAACUAUAAAUAUCAAUUCUGAUAUUAUAAUUAAACAUUUUAUAUGUCAUUUGUACAAUGGAUCCAAAAGAAACUGAAGUCCUGAUUUAAGUAGCUUGUCUUACAUUCUUUCUCCUGCUUUUUCCCCUCUUUCUACUCAAAGUUGAAAUAAUAUAUGUAAAUAUAUUAGCAAGUUUUCAUCCCCACUCCCCCUUUAAGGCAGUUGUAGCAUACCAUAAACCUUCUCAGACUUGAAGAGUUAAGAUUAUUGAAUCUUCAUAUAACUUGAAGUUUGACCAUUCUUGAGAUUUGAUUCUGAGAUGGAAUGCUUGCUAGUGCUUUUCCUGGUAACUUGAAGCAUCCAUAUAAAUGUAUCUAAAUGGUGUAUUCUUUCCAGAUAUGAACUACUAAGCUUACUCUUCAAGUUUACUAUUGAUUCUGGUUUUAUAUUGAGUUAGCUAUAGUGGUAGUGCCUAAGGACUAAAUGUAAAUGCAGCUUUCUCAAUGAAAGCAUAACCUGGGUCAUUUCGAUCUCUCACAAGGCCAGAACUAGGGACAUGGCUUGAUCAUUACUGAAUUGUACAAAAAAUAAUUAGACAUUUCAAGGCCCAACAUUUUGCCAGAGAUUAUAGCUAAUAUACUGAUAUUUAUAAUUGGCCUUGAUAAACAAUGACUGACCUGUACUCUGUGGUCGAUCUAAAACUACUUACCUAUUAGACAUUAAAGGUGCAGUCAUAUGCAUGUUUAGACAUGCUGGCUGUGGAAUGCUGGGAGCUGUAGGACUCUUCUUUUUCUAAACAUGCAUAGGGUUGCACCCCAAUUUACAGUGCAUUCCUAUGCACUGUGCCCUGGGACUUACGAGUAUCAAAUGUAGGGCAGAUGAUGGACAGAUGGGAUCCUCUAGUCCAUGCUCCAUCCACCCUGCAGUUGUUGCUUGACACUUGAUUUUGAGCAUCAACCCAAGGAGCUUUGGAGUGCAAGGGGGGAGGCUACAUUGCAUAGGAAGCUGUCUAAAGCAGCUUCCAGGUCUCCUCCCCUUCCUGCCCCCAGGAGUUUUCGCCCUCUCCAUGCUCGGUUUUACGAGCACAGAGGCAACCACUGCAGUUCAUGUGGCUGCAAGGGGAAGGGGAGCGUGGUGUCCUGGCUUCAAGUUCAAAGCGCUGUCUCUAGGCUUGGAGCCAGGAAACCAAAAAGCCUAUGUCCCCACCCAUCCCAGACGCUGUCUAGGGGACAUAGGAUUGCUCCUUUAAUGAAUUAACAAAAUAUUUACAUUUACCAGCAGAAGGAAGUACAAAAUAUAUGGCUCUACUAAGUAAAAGCCUGCUGGAUGGGAUAAAAUUCACUUCAGCAUAUAAAACCUGUUCACUUCCUUAUUACCUUGCAUUCUGUAAAGCAUUCCAAAAACUUGAAAUCUUCUUCACUCCUUUGAAUGGAAGACUGUGGAUUUCCCCCCUCUACGUUCCUGGGUACAAUCUUAUGCAGAUUUAGAGAGAAAGAAGUUCUAGAAUUUCCAGCCUGGCUGUGAAUUCUGGGAGUUGUAGGACUUUUCUCUGUCUAAACACAUACAGGAUUGUGCCCCAAAUUAUUUAUUCCACACUUACAUUAAAGGUUAAGUUCAUCUUGAGUGGUUAGUUUGCUCAUCAAAAAGCAACAGCAAUGUCAGCUGAAAUAAAAAUUUCUGUGACAAAGUGGUUCAGGUAAACAUUAAGAAUUUCCAAAAAGCUUCUGGAAGGAUUCCCCUUCAUAAUUACAGACAGGCAAAAUACUGCUAUUUGUACUUUUAGUGCUCUUGAGUCAUCUUGAUCCAAACCGUUCAUUUAGAAUAAAUAUAUGCACUUCUUAAAAUGGUAUGCUGUUGUUUAUGAUCUGUUGGUCUCACUUGGGAUAGACUAUGCAGACCAUUGAAUACUUAGUUUGGAUUUUACCUCAGUGACUCUAGAGCUGGCCAGUGACAGACAAUGCCCCAAUAGUGAUAGACAAGCUCACAUUUGAUCUGUUUCCUUGCUGUAGUGGAAAUUGAUGGUUUGGAACUGGCUUUGGGAAACAAAUCUUGUACUACAUCUAUUUCAGAUCAGCACAAGCUAACUAAUUCUUUCCAUGAAAGAGAUGGACAUCUGUGUUUAUGAACAAGCAAUCCUUUUAAGGCUGUUUUUGAAUAUGCAUUUCCUUUUAUUUUGGAAAUGUAUUGAACAGCUUCUGCUGCACCUAACUUAUUUACUUGGAAUUUGUCAUAAAGUGGAUGUGACCAAUUUAAAGUAAGGAGCUGGGAAAUCAUAGCCUAAAUCUCUGCAGCAUUUAUAUAAAAAUAAACAAAGCAAACUCUGUUUGUUAUGCAAGAAAACAAUCAAUUGUUUUGUAUUGCAGUGUAAGUUUUGGGAACUCUAUGUUCAGACUAGUAUUUUGAGGAGAGAACCGAUGUUUGCGUGUGUGUGUGUGUGUGUGUGUGCGUGCGUGCGCAUGCGUGCGUGCAAUGGAAAAGAAGGGCAGAUGUAACUCUUUAAAAUAUUACUCUGUUGCUAUUAUAAUACUGGAAAACUUUUAACACUUAGCCAAAUUACAUGACUCAGAAUUCAAAAACUCUAAAUGGAUUCAUUUUAUGCGAGUAUGACUAUGUGAUAUAAGUUGAUAAUUGGAGUGCAAACCAUAACUAAUAAGGCAACUAAUGUAAAAUAUCUCAUAAGAUAUAUAUUAGAAUUGAUGUCUUUGAGGCUAGCCUUUCAGCUAAGAAAGCUGCUUCUGUUAAUCAGCAAAUCUUUGAAGCCUUUUUUGGAGAGAAAAAUCUGCAUUGUAGUUAGUUCUGAAUGCAAGGGAGGACAGAACUCUUCAGUACAUUCUAUUUAAUUGUGUUAUGAACAAUUUUGCUUUGAUAUAGCUUUACUCACUUAUUAAUCAGUGAACAUUCCAAUACAGUGUUUUUUGUAAAGACUGGGUCUGUUAGGAAAAAAAUAAGUCACUUCGUUGUGCUUAAUAAAAUUGACAAUAAAA